AUGAGAUCGAACGAGCUACGAUCGUCCUCGUCGACACUUUCGGCGGCACCCAGUUUGGUAACCAUGAGCAAGCCUAGCCUAAACAACAGCAAAGCGAGCCUCACGCAUAGUCGACAGAGCGUAGCCGAAUCUGAUAAAGAGCCAAAGCCUCCUACACGAGAGGAGAUGAUCGCUGAGUUACUGGAGAAGGCCAAGUUCUACACAUCGCUUUGCCUAGGAACAACGGCGAUACUGUCGGUGUUUGCAUUCCUGUUCCUGAUACCAUUCGUGGUAGAUCCGGCCAUAUCGACCAUCGUGGCCGACUACGAUCCCGUUCCGGUGACAUGUAUUCUGACUGAGCACGUCUACGCAGAGGGUAUGAGGAACUGUACCUGGAGCUCGUGCCGCGAAGGCUGUACGACGGCGGCAAUACGAUGUCACCAGAUACUGGUCAACUAUUCAAAAAUUGCAUAUCACGAAUGGCAGAAAGAGCCCCGAGAGCUGGGCAGCGUAGACUGGGACGUUAUGGAUACCAAGUUCUUGGUCAACACAGAAGGAUGCGGUUACCCACCGAGGGUAAACUGCACCGAAUUCGCAAAGAAAUACGGGUCAACUCACCAAGGGGAACCCUUUCCUUGUUACUAUAGUCGUGCCUAUCCCGAAAUGGUAGUUGCUCGCUAUUCUUGGGAUGACAAUCUGAAACAUCUGAUUCUAUCAUUAAUCAUACCGAAUGUGCUCUUCGCCGUUUCGAUCGGAGUACUUAGUUACUGGUACUGUCCAUGCUGUGACAAAGCCUGCCACAAAUCUCCCCGCGUCUACGCAGAAAAGUAUCCAACCAAGGAAAACAAACUUCUGUGCCGUAGUGACGAUGAGGAAGACGAACUAGACUACUGAAAGUUUAUUUUCGAUUUUUCAUCACGCAGCAGCUGAUUUAAUCAACUUAUGAAUCGACAUUUUCCAUUACAUUACACCAAACCACAAUAUUUCGCCACCAAUUGUUUGCAUUCAGUUUGUCUCCACCCACACACAAAACUUCAGUCGUCGUUAGAAAAGAAUUGGUGCAAAAUUUUGUCCAUUGUCUUAGAAUCUGGAGCAGCAACCAUUUUGCAGUUUUGAAAGUAACCAAUUUUGAGUAUCUAGAUGUUUUCUAAAUUUAAGAUUUGAAUCUUUUGCUGCAUGUUAUACAUAGAUAAUUUAUAUAGAACUCGGCAAGCGAACUAGGCACCAUUAACGCAAAUAUCCGUAAAUGCAGUUUUAUCUUAUUUAGAGCUUAAGUUUUCUUUAAUUAAUGCAUCACAUCAUCAUGCUUCUAAAAACUCUCCUCCCAUUACCAUAAGUUGGAGGGAUGUAUUUUAAAACGACGAAUUGAAUCGCAUGCUGAAACCAGUCAGUGUAGUUUGCUAACUGAAAAAUCGACAAUUCAUUUUAAUCUAGAGCUUUAUCAUUGAAUUGAUCGGCUUCGUGUAAAUAUUGUACAAAGUUUAAAUGAAUCUGCUUCACCGUUGUAAAUAAAUCGAAUUAUUAGCAGAUUGAGUCGUGAUAAGAACAUAUUUCGCUAUAAGCAGUAUUGAAAAAGUCGUUGGUAGUCAAUGCGUCGAAAACAAGGAAAAACUUGUUUUUUUCAUCGCAGAUCGUGAUAAGUUACUUUACUUAAAAACAAGAACAACAAAAUUUUGCAAUCCCAAUAUUUACAAGACCAAACGCAAGUUAGUUGAAAUCAUUUCUACCGUUACUUUUUCCAAUUUGUACUCAAAACAAUUUUCCUUCUUUUAACUUAUCCAAUCUUUUCUUUGUACAAAUAUUCCACUUAACCUACUUAUUUCUUUCCGUUUCCUCUUCUCACCUGUACUCUUACGUCUUCCAAUUUCGAAAUAUUUUCGGUAACUACAAACAACCACUUACACCAAAUCUACAAACUCGGGGAUAUACACCCACAAAUCAACUAUUGCAGUAAGGAAUCUUGGAAUAUUGAGUAUCCUCAAGAUUACAUUACUAAAAUCUAAGGUCAUGCAGCAGUAACAGCAGCAGCGUGUCUGGAGUCAUCAAAGUCGGGCGCACCAUCACCAGGCUUACGGGCUGCCGCCGAAGCGUAGCUUGGUUAUCGUCAGCAAUCAUCAUCCUCAACGUUUCUUCAGUUUGCCAUUUGAACCAAACAGAGAAUUUUUGUUUUAUUUCAUUCAAAAUAUUUUGUCAAAAGUCGUGAUUUUAGAUAGAUACAGCAAACGAAAUCCAAAGAACAAAUUAUAAAACAAAUAAAACAAAUUAUAUUUUUAAAAGUCCGCUACAAUUUGUACACAAUUAAGAAGAGAACAAUGAACGUUAUGCGCUUCGAGUUAAAUAUUUUCAAUUCGAUUAAUAGGUGAGACAACAAGUUAUGAAUCUGGCACUCGAAAAAAAAACGAGUGUAAGAGGAAGUAAAUCUUUUACAAACUAAUUACUACUAGCAGAUAUUGUCACGCUUUACCAUUCAGUCUUUAAAAUAGAGAUGAUACGAAAAUCGCACAUGGAGCAAAUUUGUAAUUUUUGAAGAAAAUCAGAGACCUUUACGAUAUAAUAUAAAAAAACUACCGCUUUGAAUAAG